CGAAAAAUUCGAAACCCAUAAAGAUUAGAGGAAUCCAUUCUCUCUUUGUUUCUGUGUGUUGUUUGUUGUGCCCUCUCAAAAUCUCCCUCUGCAAAAGUCGCCUUGUUUCCAUCUUCGAUUUCUUUCCUCUCUUUAUAAAGAGACCCAUUUGCAGAGAGAUUAGGAAAACCCUACAAACAAGAGAGGAGGCAUGUCUGGAGGAAUUGCACGCGGUCGUCUCGCUGAGGAGCGCAAGUCAUGGCGGAAGAAUCAUCCCCAUGGUUUUGUGGCCAAGCCGGAGACUUUACCUGAUGGGACUGUGAAUCUGAUGGUGUGGCAUUGCACUAUUCCGGGCAAGGCUGGUACUGACUGGGAGGGUGGGUACUUCCCACUCACACUUCACUUCAGUGAAGACUACCCUAGCAAGCCUCCAAAGUGCAAAUUCCCUGCAAAUUUCUUCCACCCAAAUGUGUAUCCUUCUGGAACUGUUUGUCUAUCAAUUCUUAACGAGGACAGUGGUUGGAGACCAGCAAUUACAGUGAAACAAAUUCUUGUGGGCAUUCAGGAUCUACUGGAUCAGCCAAAUCCCUCUGAUCCUGCACAGACCGAAGGCUAUCACCUCUUCAUUCAGGAUUCGACAGAGUACAAGAGAAGGGUUCGCCAGCAGGCCAAGCAAUACCCACCUCUGGUCUAAUGCAAAACUGGGGUUGUAGCCCCAGACACUGCUGGUGCUUUGGUAAAUGUCAGUUGCCGCCUUUUGUUUGAAGCAUGUUAUGUCAAACAUCGUUGUUUGGAAGUGGUAGUUAGCAUCAUGUGUAGACUACGUGGUUAAGCUAUUUUCCCUGUAUCGGAUUUGGAUUAACUUGGGUUAAUGUAUGUCACUAUGCGAGUGGUCCAGUAAUACUCAUCUCAUUGAGAAAAUAUUGAAACUUUCAUGUCGGGGCAAUGCCAAUUGUGUUAAUUUAUGAGUUUGCCAAUUCCUCUGGUGCAAAUCUCUAUUGUUUUUAUGUACAAGUACUGUUUCUGUGAGCAUGAAUAAUACUACAAGCAUCCAAGUAUUGGGCAUAGCUUCAUUUC